ACAGAAUCGUUUCACAUUCGCCCGGGCAACAAGUGUGUGUUUGUGUGUGAGAGUUUGUGGCACCAAGAGUCGAGGACGAGCGGAAAACCAUUUCCAGUUUCUAGUCCUCCAGAGACAGCCAAAAGAAAGAUAGGAUGGGCAUCGCCCUGAUGUUCCUGCUGGCGCUCUACCAGAUGCAGUCGGCCAUCCACAGCGAGAUCAUUGAGUCGCCCAGCUUCGGUGCGAAUGCCCUGCUCGAGUCGGACACGGAUGCGGAUCAGGGGGAAGUCCUGCCAGAAGCGGGAGAACAAACGGAGCUGGAGUUCCGGUACCCCAUCUCGGCCAUUGGCAUCGACUAUGCCAGGAAUUCGGUGAUUCUGCGCUUCCAGAAGCACGGCCGCAGGCAGCGCCUUAAGUUCGAUCCGGAGCUGGAGGCCAAGCGCAGGUCCCUGCAGGACAACUUCAUGCACUUCGGCAAGCGGCAGGUGGAGCAGAUGCCGCCAGCAGAGAGCUAUGGCUCCGAUGGGGAAGGGGGUGUGGGGAAACGGUCCGGCAUGGAUCGCUAUGGUCGCGAUCCGAAGCAGGAUUUCAUGCGAUUCGGCAGGGAUCCGAAACAGGACUUUAUGCGUUUCGGCCGGGACCCCAAGGAGGACUUUAUGCGAUUUGGCAGGACUCCCUCGGACUUCAUGCGAUUCGGCAGGACACCCUCGGACUUUAUGCGGUUUGGCAGGACUCCCUCGGACUUUAUGCGGUUUGGCAGGACACCCUCGGACUUUAUGCGGUUUGGCAGGACUCCCUCGGACUUCAUGCGCUUCGGACGUAGUCCUCAAGAGGAGCUGCGCACUCCCAAGCAGGACUUUAUGCGUUUCGGCCGGCCAGACAACUUCAUGCGUUUCGGACGCUCUGCAUCUGCCCCGCCAGAGUUUGAGCGCUAUGGGAAAAUGGACUCGAACUUUAUGCGCUUUGGCAAGAGCGUCAAUCAGGCUGUGCCGCCCGCUGCAGCUGCUAACGAGUCGAAUCAGACAAAGACGCAGACGUCCAGCAACCAGCCGGGCGAACGGAGUCCCGUGGACAAGGCCAUGACCAUUCUGUUCAGGAAAGAGGAGCAGCAGCAGCAGCAGCAGGAGCAGUUGAAGAGCGGACAGGCAGCGCACAACUUGGAGGAUGGGAGCGUGGAACAGGAACAGUUCUACGCCCAAUAGAUGGACAUAGUACCCCUUCAUAAGUUUGGCUCCAUGUAAAUAUUAACUGACAAGACGCGGCUCUCUCGGAAUGUAAUGAUAAUGAUAAUGAUAUGGAAUGUAAUGAAAUUAAGGAAAAUACUCAAAAUACGUAUAGCCUUGUCCCCUCUUCCCUCGUCAAACACUUGAUAAAUGCCUAGGGUGUGAAUUUUUAAUGGGGCUGGAUUAAAAAUUCACCACGCUUUGAUCUGAUCAAAUUAAAAGUUGACACUCCCCACACCUACAUACUACCUAUAAAUACACACCUAAUCGAGUAUACAUAUAUGUAUUAGUUUAGUUUGAAAUGCAUUGAAAUGUUGUGAACAAGUCCUUUUCGAAUCAAAAUAAAGAAAUGUCAAUGAUAAAUGU